UCUCAAACAAAUAAUAAUGCCAUCAUCUCAAAUCCGGGAAAGGAGUCUCUCUCGGUCUGCAUCUUUCGCUGAUAUAUGAGAGAUCUUCUAUCUUUCUGUGGUCGCGCGAGUCCAUGCAACAUUCACCUGCACCUGCACCCCAAGUCCGGAAGCGUCCAUCGCAGUCGCCAUCGUCGUCACAUUCGCUUCGAAUUCUCUAGGCCCGCCUUCUACCAAUUGUGAGAUCGCAGUUGACGAAUGAGGGCGUGUCAUGAGGAGGAAGUCACGUCUUUCAAGAAGUUCCGCAACUCCAAUAAACGAAGGGCUGGACAAUAGUCUGGGGGCAUCGUCACCCGCAUUUUCUGAUGUGAAUACGACAUCGAUUAUGCCCGAAGUGAAUGGAGCGCUCAAGGAGCAGAGUCAGCCAGAUGGGGUGCGCCCUGCCUCGGGUCGAGUAUCCAGUGCCUCCAUGAUGCGUUCAGUUUUGUCGUCUUCCGAGUCCUCGCCCUCCUCCGAAUCCGUGCCCUGGUCUUCGGCAAUUGGUCACGCCGGCACUGGGAAAUCAGGCAGAGUAAUUGAGCGUCUUCAAGGAGACAUUGACCGGUUACGACGCGAGAAACAACUGCUCAAGAUGCGACUUGAGGAAGCAGAGAAAGAGAAUGAGACCUUGAAGACACGAAACCAAUCGCUGCAAGAUCGGACGAGCAACUAUGAGCAAUCUCAUGAAGCGAAUCUUCGGCAGCUCACACGGAGGGAGAGACAAGUCGAAGAGCUGCGGGAAGAGCUAAGGAAAGAGAAAUUGAAGACUGCAGCUGCAGAAGCCCAAGCAGCAGCCGCAGCUUCUAAUGAGGAGAUUUGGAGAGACCAAGCCAGCCAGGCAAAGGCUCUCGCUGUUCAGAAAGAGGUAGAAUACGAAACCGUGGUCGCCUGUCGGAAGGUGGAUUACGAUCGACACCAAAGUGGCUUGGAAAAGAUUAAGAGCAGUUUUGACAUCCUUCUACGGCGACAGCAGGAUGAUUUGGAGAAGCAAAAGAAAUUAGAGAUCAUCGCCGAGCAGCAACGGCAGACCAUUGCCCAGCUCGAAGAACUGACAAAGAGAUUGACGACGAAUUUCAAGGCUUACAGACAUGAAGUGGACGCCGCCAUCUCCGACCUUCGCGAGGCUGCGAGCAACAACGACCAAGCAUUGACUCAGAAGCUGGACGAGAUGACGGAAGUGACAGGAAGGAUGCGAUGGGUCAUGAAAGUUGACAAUAUUGUGAACCACAACCCUCACGAACCCGUGCAAGAACAAUCCCAGCACUCGCGAAGAGAUCACAUCUCGAGACCACCUUCGUCUCACGAAGAAGUUUCAAAGAGAAGCCGCAGCCCCACGAAGAAUGUGCUCACCAAACACAGGCGGAAAGAUUCAGCAAAGGCCGCGAGAUGAAGAUUCUUCUGAGAUUACAGAGUUGCACGGAAUUUGACAUGACUAUACGAAGUGAUGAUCACAACAUACGUUAAAGCAGGCCGUUAAUAGAAAGCCCCAAAUCUCACCACUCACUGGCCAAGACCGGUGAGGAGCUCACUCCGAUUUGUCAAAGGUGCUCUGAAAUCUGCCCGUGACCGUAACGAUGUGGUUUGAGGUCUCCUGUCUGACAACAAACUGCAGCGUUAUUUGUCUUGAGGGCAACCAAAGCAACGCCUUUCUGAAAGACAAACAACAAAGUAGAGAGAUAGACAGGGGGACGACCGCAGGGAUAAUAAUACAAAAACAACUGAAGC